GGGCGCAUGUCACGUCAUUUCAUUUAACUUCAGUAAAAUAUCGAUUCAUUGUCACCAACUUACCAUCCAAAUCAGUAAUAGAGAGAGCAAACUAGCAUUGGCAGCCACAGCGGUAACUUUAUUAAAUAGCUGUACAAAUGAGGGUUUAGGAAGGACAGUGUAGUAACAGCGCCACUCCAGUAGUGGGCGUUGUGCAUAUCCUCCUCUCUGAUAAAAUGCAUCUUGGCGGCGUUAUUAGGAUUCCCACGCAGUUUCCAGGCAUAACAUGUCGUCCAACAUUCCCGCAUUACGAUUGGCUGCUGUAACCCUGAAUCCGACCUGACAGCUUCCAGACGAUCAAAUAAGUUUUAAGUGUGUUGGCGUUAAUGUGUUUCCAACUAACCGUAACGUUCCUUUUUCCAAACCUAAACCCACCCGAAGACCCAAACCUAGCCGUAAACCAAACCUUAACAAAUAUAUAUAUAUAUUUUUUUAUUUCGCACAAGAGUAAUACACUUUAGGGAGGGUCAUCUCGUUGCGUGACCUUCCCUUCCCAGGAGCCAAUCAUGUUGCUUUGGGGGGCGUCCUGCCUGGAAACGACGGUUCAAGAUCUUCGUCUUUGGUGUGCUUAACUUGAGUCUUCCUCGCGAAUAAAGUAGACGAAAGUACGUAGCAACAUGGACCUGUCCAGGAGGCUCUUGGUGUUGAUGGAGCUGGCCGAGAGCUGUGGGGUCAGCACACUCCUGCAGGGUUUUGAGCAGGUGUGGAGGCUUCUGCUUGUUUGUCUUAUCUGCAGAGUGCUGUUCAGGACAGGAGGUGCGUCCUCUUUGAAUCAUGUUGUGUCACUGUUGGCGGGGAUGUACAGCCUUUUCCUCUUCUUUAACCUCCACAUGCUGUGGGUGAUGUUGCUCAGUCUACUUUGCUACCUCGUUCUUCUUCUUGGCCGACACUCCAGUAUCAAAGGCAUCUUCCUUUCCACUGCUAUUCUAGUUUACCUCCUCAUUGGAGAAUUACACUUAAUUGACACAGUGACUUGGCAUAAGAUCAGAGGCAGUCAGAUGGUGGUGGCCAUGAAAGCCAUUUCGCUGGCCUUUGACCUGGACAGAGGAGCAGUUAGUGCUUUGCCCACUCCAACAGAGUUCCUUGGGUAUGUUCUUUUUGUUGGUAACGUAGUCUUCGGGCCUUGGAUCAGUUUCUCAACAUAUAAGGCUGCUAUUGUUGGCAGACGACUGAGCUGGUUAUGGCUGCGACGUUCCUCUGUCAGCCUCUUUAAGAGUCAGAUUUGCCUGCUGGUGUCCUCUUGCGUAGCGCCAUACCUGUUCCUUUUUUUCAUCCCCAUCCACGGAAAUACCUUCACACGCAAGUGGCUGCGUGCCUAUGAGAAUGCAUUGUCAUUCCACUUCAGUAACUACUUUGUGGGCCAUCUCAGUGAAAGCACCAGCAUUCUGGCUGGAGCUGGCCACAUUCAGGAAAAAGACAACAUCAGAUGGGAAAUGGAAGUGGUCAAACCUCUGAAUGUAGAAAUGCCUCGCUCCAUGGUAAUGGUGGUGACAUCGUGGAAUAUUCCCAUGUCGCAGUGGCUUAAAAUUUAUGUCUUCAAAAAUGCCAUGAAACUUGGGACUUUUCCCGCAAUCCUGGUUACAUACACAGCCAGCGCUUUACUGCAUGGUUUGAGUUUCCAUCUAGGAGCUGUGCUGCUCUCUUUAGGCUUCAUCACAUAUGUUGAACAUGUCCUGCGAAAGAGGCUCGCUGCCAUCUUCAGUGCCUGUGUCCUCUCGAGAAAAUGUCCCUCUGACUGCGGGCAUCAGCAUAAGAAGGAGUACUGGGUGACGCUAAUGAACUUAGUUUUCAGUUUCUUGGCCAUCCUCCACCUCACCUACUUGGGCUCCAUGUUUGAUCCGGGUGUCGAAGAGGAAGUGGAAGAGGGUUACGCAGCCAUCCACACCAUUCAGAGAUGGUCGGAGCUCAACUGGGCCAGUCACUGGGUCGUGAUUGUCUGCUGGGCCUUCUACCGUUUAAUCCUGUGAUGUUCUCAAAGGAGAACACAAUUGCUGGCACACCAGUCGCCCUUUCAGUCUCGUGUCACGGAGCAGCUGCGAUAUGGAUGAAGGGACCCCGACUUGUAGACCACUGAGUCAACGUUUUUUUUCCCCAAAGUAAGAGGUCGGAGGAGAAGCCGUCAAGUAAUGUUUCCAGCAAUAUCUGACCCACUCUUGCUCAGAGUCCACGUCAGAUGUACACUGUUUGUUUUGUAAUUUGGGUUUUCUCGAAGAAUAAUUUCAUCUCUCAGCAGCCCAAAGGUAGAAUUGUAGCUGAACUAUAUGAAAACAAGAUACUAUUAAAUAAAUGUGCAUCUUUAAUUAAUUGGUCAUAGCAUCCAUCCAUCCAUUUUCUUAGCUGCUUAUCCUCAGAAGGGUCGUGGGGAGUGCUGGAGCCUAUCCCAGCUAGCUUUGGGCAGGAGGCAGGGUACAAUCUGAACUGGUUGCCAGCCAAUCACAGGGCACAUUGAGACAAACAGCCGCACUGACAAUCACACCUUGGGUCAAUUUAGAGUGUCCAAGUAAUGUUGCAACGUUUUUGGGAUGUGGGAAGAAACCAAUGUGCCCAGAAGAAACCCACGCAGGCACGUGGAGAACAUGAAAACUCCACACAGGGAGGGCUGGGAUUGAACCCCGGGUCCUCAGAACUGCGGGGCCAAUGCUUUCCAACUGAUCCACCGUGCCGCCUCAUAGUAACCAAUAAAAGCAAAAAUGACUAAGCAUGGAAGUUCCACGGGUACGUUCUAGCUUUAGCGUUUACACCCCCCCCCCCCCCACACACACACACACACGCAAAUUACUCAUUGUAACACCACAGGUAAAAAGUUAGAAUCAAUGUAAAUUUCCUCCCUUAAUCUUAAAAAAAAAAAAAUCUUUGAGAGGGCGAAAGUGCUGCUAUAGUCCCAUGAAAACUGACUAAUGAAAUCAGUUGCUGCUGAACUGAUAUGAUUAUGAAGCUGCGUGCCUACACAGAUGCUCAGCAAGGGAGGUUAAAGUCCUGAGCGGAUUCUAUCCGUGCAGGUGCCAAGGAAACUGAAACAAACACGGAAGCCAGAAUAUUGUACCGUAGAGGUGUUCAAACAACAGCCCGUGGGCAAUUUGCACCCCACCAUCCAUUUUUCAGUGGUCCCAGCCUGUAGAGAACAAAAAAAAAUAGCUGACUACAGUUCCUCCAAAUUUCAAACCUUCAUAACUUUCUGAAUCUUAAUCCUAUUUUCAAAAUGCUAGGAUAGCAUGCUAAACACAUAGACAACAUAUAAUCUAGAUGGAUUUUAAUUAUAGAAAGCGAAAGGUUAUGGGGCAGGUUUGCAAAAUAAUGGUCAAAAGCCAGACAGUUUGCAGAGGGCAGUCAGGUGAUUUGUGAUUUCAUUUGGCACGCAAACACGCAUAUAAGGAAAUUAAGAAUUGAGAACGAACAAACAUUCCAUAGAUUAAAAUCCACAGGCAGGAAUAAACAUUUGUAGUAGUUAAUAUUCAUGAAUACUGCUGGAAGCAAUGCAAAUUGAGCCACCUUGGUGAGCAGGGAUGGUUUCUAAUCUACCUUAAUUUCUCAAGAAUAAUAUGUAUUUUCUUCUCCACACAAAAAAAUUAUGUCGGGGGUUGAUUGCUUCAUAGAUUGAUAAGCAUUAUCAGGGGCCGAGUUGUAAGAUAAGUGGAAUUUCCAAAUGUAUUUUUGGUUGUGACAAAUUCACCAAUGUUGGCCUGCUUCAUUUAUUGAGAGACUAAACUUCCUCAGCCGUUAAAAUCUCAGAUGAUGUCCUCACCUGCGCUUGGAAUUUAUUUUCCAAUGAUCUUUCAAAGAUUCCAGAAAUUUUGGAGUCGAUAUCUUUUUCUUACGGUACUAGUUGCUAUGGACCUUUGAAAGAUGUAUGUACCAAAAAAUGUAAACUUUUAUUUUUCUCUUGAAACUAGGAUUCAAACUUGGCAACACUAAAAUUGCUGUUACUUUGUAAAUGUUUUUGGUACUUUCCAUGUAUUAUGUAUCAUUUUUAAGGGAAGAAAAUGUAGAAUUAGAAAAUAUGAAAAUCUCAAUUUGCUUGUUUUGACUGUUUUGCAGAGCCGGUCAAAUGAUCGUGAACACCCACCAUAUGUACUGUACAUUUCCUGUUUGACUUUGCGUGAAAUGUUAAUUUCGAAACAAAUGAAAAUAACUACACAUAGUAAUAAUUCAUUGCAUAUGAAUGCAUUUCUUAUUGGUUAACAAAUGUUUGUCUGACUGGCCAGACGAAUAUACUCAUUUAUAUGUCACACAAUAUAAUGUCCAUGUUGAAGAUUGAUUUUAGUUUAUUUAAAUAAAGAAAAAAAUUCACAUUAUUGGUUGCCUUUUGUAUUUGUAUUAUUAAAUCUAUGCACAUUGACAAACGUUUUUUUUUUUGUCUCUGAACAAACUGUUUUAGGACAGUCACUCAAGUGUGGCACAGCAUCAGCCGCUACAGUUCCCAACUGUUGUCACCCAGGGAUCGGCAAGUUCCGAGACACAGUCGUUAGGAGCAAUAAAGAAUAUAGUUGGAGAGUAGUCAUCAAAAAUCGUCUAUAUUUGUAAACAAUUGUUGUCUUGUUGCAUUUCAAAGCUGCUUUCAGGCCACUGUAUGAAGAAUCUGAAAAUGCGUCACACUAAAUUUUACUUGCACAAUUUGUUACGCUACAAAACUCCAAGGGCAUUUGUUAUCCAAGAAAGUUUUAAAUGGCACUAAAAGUUCUGUAUG